AGCUGCGGGGCCGGGCUGCGGGGCCGAGCCGCGGGGCCGAGCUGCGGCAGAGCGGGGCGGGGGUCCGGCGGCGUCCGCUCGCCAUGCCGUCCCGGGUGGAGGACUACGAGGUGCUGCACGGCAUCGGCACCGGCUCCUACGGCCGCUGCCAGAAGAUCCGGAGGAAGAGCGACGGCAAGAUACUGGUGUGGAAAGAGCUUGACUAUGGCUCCAUGACGGAGGUGGAGAAGCAGAUGCUUGUGUCUGAAGUGAACCUGCUUCGGGAGCUGAAACACCCCAACAUUGUCCGUUACUAUGAUCGGAUUAUCGACCGAACCAACACGACCCUAUACAUCGUGAUGGAAUACUGUGAAGGAGGGGACCUGGCUAGCAUCAUUACAAAGGGGACCAAGGACAGGCAAUACUUAGAGGAGGAGUUUGUCCUUCGAGUGAUGACGCAGCUGACUCUGGCCCUGAAAGAGUGUCACAGAAGGAGCGAUGGUGGCCACACGGUGCUCCAUCGGGACCUGAAGCCAGCCAACGUCUUCCUGGACGGCAAGAACAACGUCAAGCUCGGGGACUUUGGGCUGGCUAGAAUACUAAACCACGACACGAGCUUCGCAAAGACGUUUGUCGGCACCCCCUAUUACAUGUCUCCUGAGCAAAUGAGCCGCUUGAGCUACAACGAGAAGUCGGACAUCUGGUCGCUGGGCUGCCUGCUGUACGAGCUGUGUGCACUAAUGCCUCCCUUUACAGCCUUCAACCAGACAGAGUUAGCUGGGAAAAUCAGAGAAGGGAGAUUCAGGCGGAUCCCGUACCGCUACUCCGAUGGGUUGAAUGACCUCAUCACUCGGAUGCUCAGCCUGAAGGAUUACCACCGACCUUCAGUGGAGGAGAUCCUGGAGAGCCCGCUGAUAGCAGACUUGGUUGCAGAAGAGCAGAGGAGAAGUGUGGAGAGGAGAGGCCGGCCCUGGAAGCUGCAGGACUCCAGCCCGGUGUUGAGUGAGCUCAGGCUGAAGGAAAAGCAGCUGCAGGAUCGAGAGCGCGCCCUCAGAGCUCGGGAGGACAGCCUAGAGCAGAAGGAACGUGAGCUUUGCCUUCGAGAGAGGCUGGCAGAGGACAAGCUGGCCAGAGCCGAGAGCCUGCUGAAGAACUACAGCUUGCUGAAGGAGCAGCGGUUCCUGUGUCUGGCAGCUGGCCCAGAACCUGAUCUUCCAUCCUCAGUGAUGAAGAAAAAGGUGCAUUUCCAUGGGGAAAGCAAAGAGAAUGCCACACGAAGCGAGAGCUCCGAGAGCCAGCGCUCCGAGAGCCAGCUUGCCAAGUCCAAGUGCAAGGACCUGAAGAAGAGGCUCCAUGCUGCCCAGCUGCGGGCCCAGGCCCUGUCAGAUAUUGAAAAGAACUACCAGCUGAAGAGCAGGCAGAUCCUGGGCAUGCGCUAGGCCUGCGGGAGUGGAGCUGGGCAAGGACUGGACACUGGGACUCGGCUGCCGCAGUCUGUGUCUGCUUCUCUGAGCAGGACACUGGGCUGUGUGUGGACUUUCAGCAGCAGGCCUACACGAACAUGCCCCUCACCUGCUGUCCCUGUCCAGAAAGCAGUUUCCGGUGCGGCCUCACCGGUGUGACCUCACUUUAACAGGGCCGUACAGAGGCGCGGUGAGAGCUUUGUUUCUGGGCUCGCCCCGCCACUGGCUGAUGAGAAGCCGUCACCAGCAUCCAGUCCCAAGAUGCCCGCAGUGCUAGUUCAACCAGAUGCGGGGGGGGGGGGGGGGCUUUUGCUUAAGGAACUCCUGCCGGGACACCACCAGGGACUGCAGAGCAGCCUUUUGUGAGCACAGCGCAGAAAUUGAGAAGAAAUGCAAGGACGAGGCUGGCUGAUGAGGAGGCAAAUGUCUUUAGAGUUGUCCCUCAGCCCCUGCUCGCUCUCCCAGUUUGUGUAUGGCCUUAAGCAGUCACUGCACUGCAGGUCUGUGACCCUCUGUCAGCAUCUGACUUCUGGGACACCAGUGAGAUUAGUUAGGUCAUGUCUGUGCCCUCAAGCAUGAGCUGAGCGGUCUGAAAUGCCAGGUAGUCUUCGUAUUUCAGAUCACACGUGUGAUUCCUAAACACAUUUAAUGUUGGAGAACUAGCUUCAGAAAGGUGGUCUGUUUAAGGCUACUGGAAAACAAACAGGCCUCCUGUGCCGUCUGUCCCCAGUUCUUGAGGCAGCUUCAGAAGAGAACAGUGUGCGUUUCUGGGGCGAUGCUGCCCUCACCUGUGUUAGGGCCGGAAGGUUGCUGUUUGUCUGCAGUUUCAAGACCUCCUCAGAAAGGGGCUCGUUUGCCUUGAUGAGUUCUGUUGGCUAGCAUGGUCAGUAGCCUUUUAAUGCCAUUUGUCUCCUGACUCCCUGCAUUUUAAAAUUCUGUCCUUGACUUUCUGGAGCUGUGUUGACUCACUUGGGCAUGCGACUUGGCAACUUUGACUUCCUAACACUGUUAAAUCCUCUACUGUUGGCACUAGCAGAAGCAGAACCCGGGGGUCCUUACUGCUGCAGCCCCUGGGGCCUCAUGCAGCUGUGUCUUUCGGUGGCAGCUUGGAAGGUUUAAAUGUAGCGAGCUUCUUGUCUGCUGUGAAGGGGCCGACGGCUGCUGCACGAGAAAUCCUGCUGAAAGCUACAAACUGUGGUGGUUUUCCUACUUUUUCUUUCUCCUUUGGUCUAUAAUGAUAUUGGCAGAGCAGUACAGAAUAAAAUCCUGUGUAUAUAAAAAGAUUUUAAAUGUUCUUGAACUUUAGAAAAUUUAAUUGGAUACAAUUGCUUAUGAGUAACAAGUCAUCUUAUUUAUAAAAUUUUCAAUACAGUGUAA